AUGACGGGGACUUAUAACGAUGCGAUUGUGGGCAAAAACGAAUUACCAGAAUUAUCCGCUGCAAUGGAGCAGAAAUUACGGCAGUUAACAUUGGUCACAAUGGCAAAGGCCAGCAAAAUUAUCCCCGGACGUCUGAAUGCGCAAAAAGGUGUAAUAGAAGUUUUCUCAUGGAAAAAUCGAGAUGUUUCGGACGAAGAGCUGGAAGAACUGAGUCGGCGAUUGGACGAAUGGAUUGAGCAAUGCAAGAAAACCAAAGAAGGACUGAACCAGGUGAAAGAGGAAGUGGAAAAGGUGCAAAAAAUGAUCGAAGAAGAGGAGGAAAGACGGGUACAAAAAGAAGCUUGUCGACGUUCGAAGAAUAUAAGAGGUAAGAAGCAAUGUUAAGA